CUGGGGCAGCAUGGCCCACCCAGACCCGUCCCAUUCCUCACUGUGCAGGGCUGCCAGGGUGGCAGUGCCUCUGGUUCCUGGAACAAAGGAAGGGAACAACCUGCCUUACCUGUGCUGCACACCUGAGCACUGAUCAGAGACACCCAGUCACAGGAGGAGCAGGAGCUGCGCUGGGAGAGGCUGGGCAGGAGGAAAAUCUCCAGCUGCUUUUGGGGUCUCUAGAGCUCCUGUGUUACAGAUGCUGGGAAGGGUCCUGUGCACGGUGCUGUUCGUGGGAGCCCUGCCAUCCCCAGCUGGAGCCUCCCAGGGCCACAUCUCCGUGAUCCUGCUGGGAGCCACAGGGGAUUUGGCCAAGAAGUAUUUGUGGCAGGGUCUGUUCCAGCUCUACAUGGACCAAGUGAGCAGUGGCCACAGCUUCACGUUCCACGGGGGUGCCCUGGCAGCUCUGGAGCCGGGGCAGAGGCUGAUGUUUGACGUGCUGAAGAAGCUGUCCUGUCCCCCCGACGAGCCUCCCAACCGGUGUGCCGUGCUCAAGGACCAGUUCCUGAAGCUCAGCCAGUACCACCAGCUGAAAACUGCCGAGAACUACACGGCUCUGAACAGGGAGAUUGAGACCCUGCUCCGCCAGGAGGGGCUGGAGGAGGCUGGCAGGAUCUUCUACUUCUCCGUGCCACCCUUUGCCUACACGGAGAUCGCGGGGCACAUCAACGGCAGCUGCCGGCCGCGCGCCGGGGCCUGGCUGCGCGUGGUGCUCGAGAAGCCCUUUGGCCACGACCUGCCCUCGGCCCAGCAGCUGGCUGCACAGCUGGCAGGCUUCUUCAGGGAGGAGGAGAUGUACCGCGUGGACCAUUAUCUGGGCAAGCAGGCUGUGGCCCAUAUCCUGCCUUUUCGGGAUCAGAACCGACAGUUCCUGGACCCCAUUUGGAACCGGCACCAUGUGGAAAGAGUGGAAGUUGUCUUGAAGGAGACUGUGGAUGCUAAAGGCCGCACCAGCUUCUACGAGCAGUACGGGGUGAUCCGGGACGUGCUGCAGAACCACCUCACCGAGGCCCUGCUGUUCCUCAUCAUGGAGCUCCCUGCCAACGUCAGCAGCGCCCAGGAGGUGGUGCAGCACAAGCUGCAGGCCUUCCAGGCCCUGUGGGGGCUGCAGAGGAGCAGCGCCGUGCUGGGACAGUACCAGGCCUACGACAGCCAGGUGCAGGAGGAGCUGCCUGAGGCACGGGGCCACGUCAGCACCACGCCAACCUUUGCAGGAGUGCUGAUCCACAGCCACAGCCUGCGCUGGGAAGGGGUCCCGUUCCUGCUCACCUCGGGGAAGGCUCUGGAUGAGCGGGUGGGCUACGCCCGCGUCCUCUUCAGGAACAGGGCCUACUGCCCUCAGAGUGGCACGCUGAGGGAUGCAGGGCACAGCCAGUGCAAACCCAAGCAGAUCAUCUUCUACUUUGGGCACGGUGCUCUCAACACCCCUGCAGUGCUGGUGAGCAGGAACCUCUUCCAGCCUGCCAUGCCCAAGGACAGCUGGAAGGAAGCAGGGGCUCAUUCAGACCUGCACAUCUUUGGACAGCCGCUGUCUGAUUUCUACAUGUACAGCCCUGUCAAGGAGAGGGAUGCCUAUUCCGUCCUCAUCUCCCACAUCUACCACGGCAGGAAGGAUUUCUUCAUCACCACAGAGAGCCUGCUGGCCUCCUGGGCCUUCUGGACGCCUCUGCUGGACAGCACGUCCCGCCAGCCCCCGCGCCUCUACCCCGGCGGCGUGGAGAACCAGCAGCUGCUGGACUUUGAGAUGGUGGCUGGGGGAGUGGCGUUCAGCCUGGCAGAGCCGGCAGAGCUGCUGCACCCCAGUGGGCAGAUGCCAAGUGAGUUCAGGGCCAUGCAGUCCAAGUUCCGGCAGAGUCCCCUGGUGUCGGCCUGGGCCGAGGAGCUGAUUGCCCGCCUGGCCUCCGACAUGGAGGAGGUGGCCGUGCAGAGCGUGGCUCGCUCGGGCCAGUUCCACCUGGCCCUGUCGGGCGGCUCCAGCCCCGUGGGGCUGUUCCAGCGCCUGGCCAGGCACCACCACGGCUUCCCCUGGCAACACAGCCACGUGUGGCUGGCGGACGAGCGCUGCGUGCCCCUGACCGACAGCGAGUCCAACUUCCAGGGCCUGCACCGGCACCUGCUGCAGCACGUCAGGGUGCCCUACCUCAACAUCCACCCCAUGCCCGUGCACCUCAACCGCCGCCUCUGCGUGGAGGAGGACGGCGGUGCUGAGCUCUACGCCCAGGACAUCACGGCCCUGGUGGCCAACGCCAGCUUCGACCUGGUGCUGCUGGGCGUGGGCACGGACGGACACACGGCCUCGCUCUUCCCCCGCUCCGAGCACGGCCUGGAAGGGGCUCCCACCGUGGUGCUGACCGAGAGCCCCGUCAAGCCCCACCAGAGGAUGAGCCUCAGCCUGCCCCUCAUCAACAGGGCCAGGCAGGUGUUCGUGCUGGUGCUGGGCAGGGGCAAGCACGACAUCACCACGCUGCUCAGCAGGGUGGGCCGCGAGCCCCACAAGUGGCCCAUCUCGGGGGUCAGCCCCAGCUCUGGCCAGCUCAUCUGGUAUGUGGAUUAUGAAGCUCUGCUGGGAUGAUGCUGCAGUGUCCCUCCUCCCCUGUCUGCGUGGCCUUUACAGCCUGGAUUGUCACACACGAUGUCCUUGUUCCUGCGUUGCCAGCAGCAGCUCCGUCCCUGACACCUCCGGCCUUCAGGGGGAUCCAUGGCCUGCACACCUCUGGCAUUGGAGCCUGGGUGAGCUGGGCUCAGUGCUCAGAGCCAGGAGCCGUGAGCCCAGUGUGGCCUUUCUGGCUCUGCUCUGGGUUCUCUGCCCUGCACACCUCUGGUGUUUGAGCCUGGGUGAGCUGGGCUCAGUGCUCAGAGCUCAGCAGGGCCCAUGAGCCCAGCGUGGCCUUUCUGGCUCUGCUCUGGCUUCUCUGCCCUGCACACCUCUGGUGUUUGAGCCUGGGCUCUGUGUUUGGAGCUCAGGAGGAGCCACAAGCCCAGUGUGCCCUUUCUGGCUCUGCUCUGGCUUCUCACUGAGACUUUGGACAAAUGGCUUCACCUUGAAGUGCCUCAGUUUCCCUGUUUGUGCUUCCUGGCAUGUAACUACCUCACAGGCACUUCAGGGGACUUGUUAAAUCAACUGCCUGCCAAAUUCUGUCUAAUUGUAUGUAAUUCUCAGGCUAAAAGACAACAGUACCACAUUGAUCCCUGCCCUGCUCAGCCUGGCUGGGCCAGGCCCUUGUCUCAGGGCAGUGAUGGUGGUUUGCACAUGGAUGUGUAACCCUGGAUGUGCUGGGGCUCUGGAAAUAACGGGGCAGGCUGAGAGUAUGGCACAGCCCUGCUCUCCAGGUGAAUGUAAACCUGAGAGUGCAAUAAUUACUGAGGGAAAGCUUGGUGCUCAGAGGAAUUGUUUGGUUUAGCUAGGAGAGAAAUCUUUUAUUUUUAAACAAAAAUGCCUGGGUUAACGUCAUUCCAGUUCUUUUGUAUUUGGUGUGAGGGAACAAGUUUAAAUGAAAAAGUGACCUAUGAGAGAGUACCUAUAUUGUUAUGAAUAACAGAGUUUAUUCCUGUCUUACAGGUGACUGUGGCAUUAGAGUUUUCUUAUUUUUGCACACUUGCUUGGUAAUAUGUGGCUGGCACCUCUUGAAAUGAACACUGAAAGGUUCAUUUGCACUUUGAAAUAAGCACAUGGGUUUUUCCCCAGGGAGCUAUUGUUCUUUGCAGGUGAAAAUAGGGUUUAUUUGGGAAGUCUCCAUCUAGUGGGUCACCCCAAAAUUUAUCUGAGAUUUUAUUAAAAUCCAUUAAAAGUUUCCACAUGUUUUCCUUGGUGAAUGGAGCUGUCUGGGUUGUUUGGGGGAUUUUUCCAAAGUGUAUUUUUUUUCCACAUAGACAAUUUCUGUUAAGCUCUUUAAUUCUUAGCAUUUGCUAAAUGAAAACCAAAUCUUUUUGAAUAUACAACAUUUAUGACUGGAAAGAGAGAGACUGGAUGGGAAGAAGGGUUAAAUGAGCAGCAAAUCUGAUGAGGAGGAAUGGUAGCAAUCCACUGGGCUGUAGGCCAAGGAAGCAAGGCUAUUUUUAUUUUGUGAAAGUUAUUAAUAGAAGGUGUGCACCUUCUUGAGAGCUUGUAUUAACCUUUCUUUGCAAAGGCAGCUCCAUGGAGUAACUUCUUACAGUCUGUUUCUCCCAUAAGUGAUUAUUGAUACUAAUUUUUAUUCUUUUUUUUAAUGUCAAGUGCAUUCCAACAAUUCAAUGGUAUGAUUAUAUGUUUUACAGAAAACUAACACUGGAAAUAACUCAUUUUUCAC